AUGCUCGUCUCAGCACUGCAGCCGUCGCUGUCUCCUCACUCCGUCACGCGUCGUCGGACCACCGUCGCCAACGACACUGAGCUGGCCCAUCGCCGCACGUCCGGCGCGACGAUUGAACGCGCGCCCAUUGCCGACGAUCACGUGGACGUGCAGAUCCUGAAGAAGUUGUCGGCCUCGGUCUCGCACUUCGAAGGGCCGCGCAAGAACUUGUCGUUUGUCGUGUCGGUUGAGACACUGAUCCCCGGUCGUCGCGCCUUUUCUGACGAGCGCGAGUCGUGUCAACUGGUCGCCCGCUCGUUCGACGACUUUCGACACUUCCGCAAGUCGCUCUUGGCUCGUGUCGGAAGUCUCCACGACCCAGUGCUGCUACUGUCGGGACGAAAUGGCAAGUGCCGGUGCGACGGCGUCAAGGGCUGCCCCUUUGACGUCACGCGGAGCUUCCUCGAACGACUCAAGUUUACCCGCAUGCCCUUUCUCAGUCUCGGCGAGAGCGAAGCCGAUCUGAUCAAGCGCCAGCAGGAGAUGGACAGCUUUCUCCACAUUAUCUUUGCGAUCUUGCAUCGCAUGCAGCCAGGCUCGUGGCACUCGGAGUGCCGGUUCUUGCAGGACGUGAUGGCCUUUUUGGAGGUCGAGGAGUCGUUCUCUCGGCAGAUGGAGCUGAUGCUGCGCUGUAAGAACCGCCGCAUGAAUCUCGAUGGCUGGAAGGCACACACCCUGGAGACUUUUGGCUCGGGUAUUGGCGUGUAG